AUGCACAUCAAGGCACCCAAGAUCUCCAUGCCUGAUGUGGACUUCAACCUGAAGGGCCCCAAGCUGAAGGGGGACGUGGAACUUUCUGCUCCUGAUGUAGAAGGCCCUAAAGUUGAGCUCGAGGCCCCCGACUUGGACAUUGAAGGCCCUGAGGGGAAGCUGAAGGGCCCUAAGUUUAAGAUGCCCGACAUGCACUUCAAAGCUCCCAAAAUCUCCAUGCCCGACUUCGAUCUGAACCUGAAGGGCCCCAAAGUGAAGGGGGACGUGGACGUGUCGGCGCCAGGGAUGGCGUGCGAGCUGAAAGGCCCCGACGUUGACAUCGGCGCUCCCAAAGUGGACCUGGAUGCCCCUGACGUGGAUAUCGAAGGCCCGGAGGGGAAAUUCAAGCUGCCCAAAUUCAAGAUGCCCAAAUUUUCCAUGCCUGGCUUCAAAGGAGAGGGGCCGGACGUGAACGUGAACCUGCCCAAGGGCGACGUCGACCUUUCCGGCCCCAGCGUCGAGAUGGAGGCUCCCGAUGUGCACGUGGACGGAAAACUGAGAGGGCCCAAAUUUAAGAUGCCUGAAAUGCACCUYAAGGCGCCUAAGAUCUCCAUGCCUGAUGUUGACCUCAACAUGAAGGGGCCUCAGCUCAAGGGAGAUGUGGAUAUUUCCGGCCCUACCUUGGAAGGAGACUUGAAAGCGCCCAAAAUCGACGUGAAAGGCCCCAAAGUAGACAUCGACGCUCCCGACGUGACCGUUGAGGGGAAUCUCAAAGGCCCCAAGUUCAAGAUGCCAGAAAUGCACAUCAAGGCCCCCAAGCUCUCCAUGCCCGACGUUGACUUUCACCUGAAAGGCCCCAAGGCGAAGGGAGACCUGGAUAUCUCGGCGCCCAAGCUGGAAGGGGAUCUGCAAUGUCCGGACAUGGACAUCAAAGGCCCCAAGCUGGAUAUCGAGGCGCCCAGCGUUAACAUCGAAGGGCCAGAGGGCAAGGUGAAAGGGCCCAAAAUCAAGAUGCCGGAGCUGCACGUMAAGACCCCCCAGAUCUCCAUGCCGGACAUAGACCUCAACCUAAAGGGACCGAAGCUGAAGGGCAACGUCGACGUCCCGUGUCCGAAACUCGAGGCGGAUCUGAAGGCUCCUGAAAUUGAGGUUAAGGGCCCCAAAAUAGAUAUUGAGGGCCCAGACGUGGAYGUUCACGGGCCGGAGGGGAAGCUGAAAAUGCCCAAAAUGAAGCUGCCGAAAUUCGCCGUGCCGGGCUUUAAAGGAGAAGGCCCUGAGGUGGACGUGAACCUGCCAAAGGCAGAGGUUGACCUUUCGGGGCCCAAGGUAGAUAUCGGCGUCCCGGAUGUAAGUGUGGAAGGGCCAGAAGGGAAAGUGAAAGGUCCUAAACUGAAGAUGCCGGAAAUGCACGUGACGGUCCCCAAAAUCUCCAUGCCUGAAAUCGACCUGAAUUUGAAAGGCCAUAAGACCAAGGGAGGCUUCGACGUUACAUCCCCCAAGGCUGAAGGUCACCUGAAGGGCCCCGAAGUCGACAUCGGCGUCCCGGAAUUGGGGGUCAAGGGCCCCGACGUCGACGUCGAAGGUCCCGACGUGACCGUCGAGGGCCUGGAGGCCAACGUCAAAAUGCCCAAGCUUAAGAAACCCAAGUUCGGGUUUGGGGUGAAAAGUCCCAAGGCGGAAAUCAAGGGUCCGGGGGUGGACGUGGACUUCCCGGAGGUGGACGUGAACGUGGAGUCUCCCGACGCCAACAUAGCUGGAAAAGGCAAGAAGAGCAAGUUCAAGAUGCCCAAACUUCACAUGAGCGGGCCCAAAGUCAAGGGGAAGAAAGGGGCGUUCGACGUGAGCCUCGCCGGUGGAGACCUCGAUGCCAGCGUGAAGCCUCCAGAGCUGGACGUGAACGUCGCUGCUCCCGACGUGACGGUGAAAGGCGACGCUAAUGUCAAGUCCCCUAAGGGGAAGAAGCCCAUGUUUGGGAAGAUCUCUUUCCCCGACGUGGAAUUUGAUCUGAAAUCACACCGGUUCAGAGGGGACGUGUCCGCGGCAGGCCCAAAAAUCGAAGGGGAGCUUCAAGCGCCCGAAGUCUCCGCGCYAGGUGUCAAAGGACCGUCCAUUGACGUGUCCGUUCCUUCGGUGCCAGAGCUCGACCUAAGCGUGAAAGGACCAAAAGUGAAAGGUGACAUYGGCGUUCCCGCGGUAGAACUGGAAGGUCCGGAAGGAAAGCUCCAAUUCCCCAAGGUCUCCUUGCCCAAGGUGGGGAAAACGGGUGUGGGGCUGGAGGGGCCUGACGCGAGCUUGGACAUCUCAGCCCCAACAGUGGAAGGAAGCGUGAAGAUCCCCUCGGUUGACGUGAAGAUCCCCUCGGUUGACGUGAGGAGCCCCUCGGUUGACGUGAACCUCGGCGGCGCCGACGUCAACCUGAAAGGCCCCAAGGUCUCGCUCCCCGAUUUCGAGGCGAACCUGAAAAGACCAAAACUAAAGGGAGAUCUGGACGUGUCGAGCUCCGUGGAAGGGCCAAAGAUCAGCCUGGGAGCACCGGCCGUUGACAUCGGAGGCGUUGAAGGAAAGCUUCAAAUGCCCAAGCUGAGCCCCGCCACGGUGGAGGGGCCUGAGCUGAGCGUGAGAGGAGCCCUCGGAGGCUCCAUCCCGCGAGUGGAGGGAGACGUGGAAGCACCGGGCGCGAGCGUGGAUCUCGGCGUCCCGAGCGCUGUCAUCAAAGGGCCCUCGGUGGACGUUUCUGCCCCGGACUUGGACGUAAAGCUGAAAGGACCAAAACUGAAAGGCGGUCUGGAUGUUUCUGCUGGCGUCAAGUCCCCCAGAGCCUCGGUGGAGGCCCCAGGUGCCAACGUGGAGGUGCUGGGGGGCACCAUCAAGCUGCCGUCCCUCAAACUGCCCCAGUUCAGCAUGUCCAGCCCCGGCGCCGAGGGAUCGGGCCCGAGCGUCGCUCUCGAGGGACCUAAGGGAGGUCUUCAAGGCUCGGGGGUUGACGUCGGCUUGGGAGGCCCCGGCGUGGAAGUGAAAGGGCCGAAAUUCCAAGCGUCGUCUCCCGGUGUCUCCGACGUCGGCCUCAAGUUGCAAGGACCAAGUCUCCGGGCCCAGGGGGACGUGGAGAUCAAAGGUCCGAAGAUCGGGAUGGAGGCGCCCGGCGCCGACUGGGACGUGAGCCUCCAAGGGCCCAAGAUGGCGGGCGGCGGCGCUGCCCUUUCCGUCAGCGGCGCCAAGGGGGCCCUCGGGGGCCCCGAGGGAGGCUCCUCGGCCGGGAGCCUGGAAUGCGGCCUGGGAAAAGUCUCCUUCCCCAAGCUGCGGAUGCCGAAAUUCGCCUUUUCGGAGGCGGAGGCCAAGGGCAGGGAGGUCGGGGUGGACGUGGACUUCCCCGGGGCCGCCGCCGGCCUCCCCGAGCCGGAGCCGGACGACGCCGAGGCCAGGCUGAAGAGAUCCAAGCUGAAGAUGCCCAAGUUCCCUUUCUCCAAGCAGAAGGGCAAGGGCGGCCCGGCCUCCCCGGAGGCCUCGGCCUCCACGGGCGACCUCAAGAGCUCCAAGACGAGCCUGGGCUCGGCGGAGGGCGACGCGGAGGCGGGAGACGGCGCCAGGUCCAAGUUCUCCCUGUUCAAGGGGCGCAAGGGCCGGCACCGCUCGUCCUCCUUCAGCGACGAGGCCGGCGGCGCCGCCGCGGACCAGGCCAAGGCGCCGCGCAUGAAGUUCGGCACCUUCGGCGGCAUCGGCUCGCGGAGCAAGGGCUCCUACGAGGUGGCGGGCGCCGGGGAGGCCCCGGCCUCCGCGGAGGCCAAGGGGAAGGAGUAG